CUUCCGAGUCGGGAUCCGCGCCGCCUUUUCCCGCGGCCCGCACGGGGCCCAGCUGACGGGCCGCGUUGUUUACGGGCCGAGCAGCCCUCGCUCCCGCCGCCCGCCAGGCCAGGUGCCCGCCCGCCUGGCCGCACGUCCGUUUAUCCGCGCGUCCGUGUGUUCGCCCGUCCGACGCCCGCGGCCCCCGAGCGCUCGGGGCCGAGAGCCGGGAGACAGGGGCUCAGCGCGGGGCUCCGGGCCCUGCUGAGAUCGCGGGACGGGGCCCGGGCCUCAGUGGCUCGGAGUCGGGGCCGCCUCCCCGCGGCCGCGCCGCCCGAUCUGUAGCGGCCGAGGCCGCGCGCCCCUCCCGAGGCUGCUCCAAGGGCUCUCCCGGGCGGAGGCUGCGGCCCGCGGGCCGCCGGCGUGGACGAGAAGGACGCGCGGCCCCCAGCGCCUCCCGGGCGGCCGCCGUGGAGCAUGUCCCCAGCGGGCCGGCGCCGCGCGCUCUGAUCCUCCGGGGCCCCGCGCUCCCGCAGCCAUGGGCGCCGGGGGCGGGCGGGGGGCGGCGGCCGUGCCGCUGCUGGUGGCCGUUGCCGCGCUGCUGGUGGGCGCCGCGGGCCACCUGUACCCUGGAGAGGUGUGCCCCGGCAUGGACAUCCGGAACAACCUCACCCGGCUGCACGAGCUGGCCAACUGCUCCGUCAUCGAAGGACAUCUGCAGAUACUGCUGAUGUUCAAAACGAGGCCUGAGGAUUUCCGAGACCUCAGUUUCCCCAAACUCAUCAUGAUCACCGAUUACUUGCUGCUCUUCCGGGUCUACGGGCUGGAGAGCCUGAAGGACCUGUUCCCCAACCUCACGGUCAUCCGGGGCUCCCGCCUCUUCUUCAACUACGCGCUGGUCAUCUUCGAGAUGGUUCAUCUGAAGGAGCUUGGCCUCUACAAUUUGAUGAACAUUACGCGGGGCUCGGUCCGCAUCGAGAAGAACAAUGAGCUCUGCUACCUGGCCACCAUCGACUGGUCGCGCAUCCUGGACUCCGUGGAGGAUAAUUACAUCGUGCUGAACAAAGAUGACAACGAGGAAUGUGGGGACAUUUGUCCAGGCACUGCCAAGGGCAAAACCAACUGCCCUGCCACCGUCAUCAACGGGCAAUUUGUCGAGCGGUGUUGGACGCACAGCCACUGUCAGAAAGUUUGUCCGACCAUCUGCAAGUCGCACGGCUGCACCGCGGAGGGCCUCUGCUGCCACAGCGAGUGCUUGGGUAACUGCUCCGAGCCCGACGACCCCGCCAAGUGCGUGGCCUGCCGCAACUUCUACCUGGACGGCCGCUGCGUGGAGACCUGCCCGCCCCCCUACUACCACUUCCAAGACUGGCGCUGCGUGAACUUCAGCUUCUGCCAGGAUCUGCACAACAAAUGCAAGAACUCUCGGAGGCAGGGCUGCCACCAGUACGUCAUUCACAACAACAAGUGCAUCCCCGAGUGUCCCUCUGGGUACACGAUGAAUUCCAGCAACUUGAUGUGCACUCCGUGCCUGGGCCCCUGUCCCAAGGUCUGCCACCUCCUGGAAGGCGAGAAGACCAUCGACUCGGUGACGUCCGCCCAGGAGCUCCGAGGCUGCACCAUUGUCAACGGGAGCUUAAUCAUCAACAUUCGAGGGGGCAACAAUCUGGCAGCUGAGCUGGAGGCCAACCUUGGACUCAUUGAAGAAAUUUCAGGGUACCUGAAAAUCCGCCGGUCCUACGCCCUCGUGUCACUUUCCUUCUUCCGGAAGUUACGUCUGAUUCGAGGAGAGACCUUGGAGAUUGGGAACUACUCCUUCUACGCCUUGGACAACCAGAACCUAAGGCAGCUGUGGGACUGGAGCAAACACAACCUCAGCAUCACGCAGGGGAAGCUGUUCUUCCACUAUAACCCCAAGCUCUGCUUGUCGGAAAUUCACAAGAUGGAGGAAGUUUCAGGAACCAAGGGGCGCCAGGAGAGAAACGACAUUGCCCUGAAGACCAAUGGGGACCAGGCGUCCUGUGAAAACGAAUUACUUAAAUUCUCUUACAUUCGGACAUCUCAUGACAAGAUCUUGCUGAAAUGGGAGCCCUAUUGGCCCCCUGACUUCCGUGAUCUCUUGGGGUUCAUGCUUUUCUACAAAGAGGCCCCUUAUCAGAACGUGACGGAGUUCGAUGGACAGGAUGCGUGUGGCUCCAACAGCUGGACGGUGGUGGACAUUGACCCGCCGAUGAGGUCCAAUGACCCCAAGUCACAGAACCACCCCGGGUGGCUGAUGCGGGGUCUCAAGCCCUGGACCCAGUACGCCAUCUUUGUCAAGACCUUGGUCACCUUUUCUGACGAACGCCGCACGUACGGGGCCAAGAGUGACAUCAUCUAUGUCCAGACAGAUGCCACUAAUCCUUCCGUCCCGCUGGAUCCCAUCUCGGUUUCUAAUUCCUCGUCCCAGAUUAUUCUGAAGUGGAAGCCUCCCUCUGACCCCAACGGCAACAUCACACACUACCUGGUUUUCUGGGAGAGGCAGGCGGAAGACAGCGAGCUGUAUGAAUUGGAUUAUUGCCUCAAAGGGCUGAAGCUGCCGUCCCGGACCUGGUCUCCGCCGUUUGAGUCUGAGGGCUCCCAGAAGCACAAUCAGACCGAGUACGAGGAGGCUGCCGGGGAGUGCUGCUCCUGCCCGAAGACUGACUCUCAGAUCCUGAAGGAGCUGGAGGAAUCCUCGUUCCGGAAGACGUUUGAGGAUUACCUGCAUAAUGUGGUUUUCAUCCCCAGAAAAUCCUCUUCAGGCCCUGGCGCGGAGGACACCAGGCCGUCGCGGAGACGCAGGGCCCUGGCUGACAUGGGGAAUGGCACAGCGGCCGUGCCCACGCUCCCGGGGUUCCCCAACGCCUCCUCCACCAGCACACCCACCAGCUCGGAGGAGCACAGACCCUUCGAGAAAGUGGUGAGCAAAGAGUCACUGGUCAUCUCGGGGCUGCGUCACUUUACCGGCUACCGCAUCGAGCUGCAGGCUUGCAACCAAGAUGCCCCCGAGGAGAGGUGCAGCGUGGCCGCCUACGUCAGCGCCAGGACCAUGCCCGAAGCCAAGGCCGAUGAUAUUGUAGGCCCCGUGACCCACGAAAUCUUCGAGAACAACGUCGUCCACCUGAUGUGGCAGGAGCCCAAGGAACCCAACGGCCUGAUCGUGCUCUAUGAAGUGAGUUACCGCCGGUACGGCGAUGAGGAGCUGCACCUCUGCGUCUCUCGAAGGCAUUUCGCCCUGGAGCGGGGCUGCAGGCUGCGCGGGCUGCCGCCCGGGAAUUACAGCGUGCGAGUUCGGGCCACCUCCCUGGCGGGCAACGGCUCCUGGACAGAAGCCACUUAUUUCUAUGUGACAGAUUAUUACGUCCCAUCAAAUAUUGCGAAGAUUAUCAUCGGCCCCCUCAUCUUUGUAUUUCUCUUCAGUGUUGUGAUUGGGAGUAUUUAUCUGUUCCUGAGAAAGAGGCAGCCGGAUGGGCCACUGGGACCACUGUAUGCUUCUUCAAACCCCGAGUACCUCAGUGCCAGCGAUGUGUUCCCGUGUUCUGUGUACGUGCCGGACGAGUGGGAGGUGCCCCGGGAGAAGAUCGCGCUGCUGCGAGAGCUCGGGCAGGGCUCCUUCGGCAUGGUGUACGAGGGCAACGCCAGGGACAUCGUCAAGGGCGAGGCGGAGACCCGCGUGGCGGUGAAGACGGUCAACGAGUCGGCCAGCCUGCGAGAGCGGAUCGAGUUUCUCAACGAGGCCUCGGUCAUGAAGGGCUUCACCUGCCACCACGUGGUCCGCCUCCUGGGGGUGGUGUCCAAAGGCCAACCGACACUGGUGGUCAUGGAGUUGAUGGCUCAUGGAGACUUAAAGAGCUACCUCCGUUCCCUGCGGCCGGAGGCCGAGAAUAACCCUGGUCGCCCUCCCCCUACGCUGCAAGAGAUGAUUCAGAUGGCGGCGGAGAUUGCCGACGGGAUGGCAUACCUGAACGCCAAGAAGUUCGUGCACCGGGACCUUGCAGCUCGAAACUGCAUGGUUGCUCACGAUUUUACCGUCAAAAUCGGAGACUUUGGAAUGACCAGAGACAUCUACGAAACGGACUACUACCGGAAAGGCGGCAAGGGCCUGCUCCCCGUGCGGUGGAUGGCACCCGAAUCCCUGAAGGACGGGGUCUUCACCACUUCUUCCGACAUGUGGUCCUUCGGCGUGGUCCUCUGGGAAAUUACCAGCUUGGCAGAACAGCCUUACCAAGGCCUAUCGAAUGAGCAGGUGUUGAAAUUCGUCAUGGAUGGAGGGUAUCUGGAUCAACCCGACAACUGUCCAGACAGAGUCACCAACCUGAUGCGCAUGUGCUGGCAGUUCAACCCCAAGAUGCGGCCGACCUUCCUGGAGAUCGUCGACCUGCUCAAGGACGACCUGCACCCCAGCUUUCCCGAAGUUUCCUUCUUCCACAGCGAGGAGAACAAGGCGCCGGAGAGCGAGGAGCUGGACAUGGAGUUUGAGGACAUGGAGAGCGUCCCGCUGGACCGGUCGGCACACUCGCAGCGGGAGGAGGCCGGGGGCCGGGACGCGGGGUCGGCGCUGGGGCUGAAGCGGGGCUACGAGGAGCACAUCCCCUACACCCACAUGAACGGGGGCAAGAGGAACGGCCGCAUUCUGACCCUGCCGCGGUCCGACCCUUCCUAACGGCCCCUGCGGGGCGCAGGGUUCCCGGCUUCACCUCCUUCCGGUUUGAAGGCCUGCAGAAAACUCAGGACUUGCACACGACUCUGCCACAGUGUCAAACGGAGCUCGGAGAUCAUGGCGAUCCAUUUCUGUUCAUCUGAUGACUUCAAAACACAUCGGUUCCAUUGCCAACUUGACUCGUCUGAGAAGUUAACUGUGAACAUAGAGGGGAAAGGUUUCCACCGCUGCUGUCCCUUCGGGCCACUGCGGUUUCAAGCCAAGAUGCUACUUUUUCGGUAGAUUGAAAGAAAGCACCCGUUUUUACUUUUUUUUUUUUUUUUUUUUUUUUUUUGCUGGUGUCUGAGCUACAGUAUAAAACAUAACACUUGUUUGUGGAACAAAAGUUUGAAAGAAAGAAAGAAAACCCUGUCCAAGUAGAAUUCCAAGCUUUGUCGAGUGGGCUUCGAGAAAGUUGUUCUCAUCCAGGCUGAAGGAUUUUUUUUUCCUUCACAAAAAUCAGUUCCUCAAAUUGACCAAUAGCUGCUGCUUUUGUACUUUCGAUAAGGACCUGCAGUCCGGGUGUGUGGCGCACGUGUGUGCUUGGGCGUGUGUGUGCGGGUGUGUCCAGGUUAGGCGCAGCUGGCGUGUGUGUGUGGAGUGUGUGCGCACGCCAAUCAUUUGGGCUGAGUUGUCGCUUUGGGGAUCGGCUCAUGAAGGUUCUGCUUUUCAAGUACGUGAGCCCUUGGUCCCCCGCCUCCUUCCUCCUUCUUUACUGGGAGACUGUGCCCUCAACAGGUUCUUCUUUUGUCCCAAGUCUAGCCUCAGGAGUCUUCUCUCCCUUAACUUUGGUGAAAAACGUUUUCCGGGAGCCGAGGGAGUCCUUUGGAGUGAUAAUGGAUCUUUACAAGACCAAAACAAAGCCAGGACAUUU